GCACUGGUGUUGUUGACGUCUGAGGUCGCCGGAGGAGGAGGCGCCUUCCUGUCAAUUUAAGUGUCUUUUGAGGGUCUUUUGUCCUUCCUUCCCCUCUGAGGAAUUAUCUGGGUCUGAAGUGCUCACCCAUACCAGCAACAUGGGUACUCUGGAGCAGCCAUGUUAUACCCUCAUCCAGGCUCCCACAGACACAGAGCAGCCAUGUGAAAUGACUCUGAAGCGGGACCUUGAAAAUGGAGACAUUCCCGGUAAGCAGGCUGCCCUGAAGAAGGUGAUCCAGCUUAUCCUCAAUGGAGAACGUCUACCGGGGAUCCUGAUGACGGUGAUACGCUUCGUGAUGCCCCUAGAAGACCACACCAUCAAGAAGCUGCUGCUCGUCUUCUGGGAGAUUGUGCCCAAAACCACUCCUGAUGGCAAACUUCUGCAGGAGAUGAUUCUUGUUUGCGAUGCCUACAGGAAGGAUUUAUCACACCCGAAUGAGUUCAUUCGAGGCUCCACACUGAGGUUCCUUUGCAAGCUAAAGGAGCCAGAAUUGCUCGAGCCACUGAUGCCAACCAUCCGCUCUUGCUUGGAACAUCGUCACUCCUAUGUGCGGAGGAAUGCGGUCCUCGCCAUCUUCACUAUUUACAAGAAUUUUGAUUUCUUGAUCCCUGAUGCACCUGAACUGAUUUCAAACUUCCUGGAGGGAGAACAGGAUAUGUCAUGCAAGCGCAAUGCUUUCAUGAUGCUGAUUCAUGCAGAUCAGGAGAGAGCUCUC